AUGAAACCAUCACCGUUCACGUUCGACCCUCGCGCUGACACGUUACUCAUUUUGAAAGACCCCAAUACCGUACAGCAGGCGGAAUUUGAUGCCCAAGCCGAUUCGGAGCCCGAAUAUGAGCGCCUCGGCCACAGUGAGGCGGGGUUGGGAGAGACAAACAAAGCGCGACGCGAUUCACCAAUGACUCUAGACAAUGACCAAAGUUAUCCGCGAGGAUCUUUGCCUGAUGGCAGUUCAACACAGAUUGAGUUUCGGGUAUCAUCAAGACAUCUGAGUCUCGCUUCGCCUGUUUUCAGAGCCAUGCUCGAGAGCAAGUUCAAAGAGUCUCAUCUCAAUGAACAAGGUCUCUACGAGGUCCAAGCGUCAGAGUGGGAUGCCGAGGCUCUUGUCAUACUUCUCGACAUCAUCCACGGUCACCAUCGCGACGUCCCGAGGAGGAUAUCUGCCGAGACACUUUCACAUGUAGCAAUCAUUGUUGAUUACUAUGGCUGUCACGAAAUUAUGGAGCUCGUCUUGACUGCGUGGCUGACCUAUUUGGGCGAACCAAAGGACUUUGUGAAACAAGACCCUAUGCGUUGGUUGUUCAUCUCUUGGGUCUUCAAGCAAGAAGUUUUGUUCACAGUCGCGACUGAAAUGCUUCUGAUGUAUGACAAUGGCAAAUAUGUGGUUGACUUGCCUAUACCACAGCCAAUACUAGACAAGGUUGACGACAUACGUCAAUACGUCCUGAACACGCUCUUCGGUCAUCUGUACAGCUACCAGCAAGACCUUUUGGAAGGAAAAGCCGGCUGCUCCGAAACGUGUUCCAGUAUGCUUCUGGGUUCUUUGAUGAGACAAAUGCGAGGCAGAGGUCUAGCAGCGGCCAAACCUGCCGCAUCAUCAUUCGAAGGAUGGAGGGUAGAUGAAGCGAGAAACACAAUUCUUGGAUUGACAGCACCACCUUGGCGUGUCCCUGGCAGAUCAAUGGAUCAUCCAUGCACAUUGAACAAAUCACUAGCCCCGAGAGUGAAUCAGGUGCUUCAGCAUGCGAAAGGACUUGACCUGAAGGACUUUGAGGGCACUCCUUGCGCCAUGUUUAUGCCCAUGAGCUCUUAG